AAAAGGCUACGGAUGAUGGCGGAGGAAUCGAUGCGAAGUGCCUCGAAUCGACGCAGACGCUUAGGAAACAAACAAUCUUUAAAAAAUGAAGAUGCUGCUGAAAGGAAAGCAGCACUUGAAGCUGCUGUUAGGAAGAAAAUUGAGUGUGAGCGGAAUGCAUUGCAGGUUGUUGAGCGCCUCUUGGAAGAUGACGUUACCGAAGAAUUCUUUGUGGAUUGUGGGAGGCUUAUAACACCUUCUCACUAUCAGGAUGUUGUGGAAGAAAGAUUUAUCAUCAAGCUGUGUGGCUACCCUAUAUGUCGAAAUAAGCUACAGAAUGUACCAAAACAAAAGUACAAAAUUUCCACAAAAACUAACAAAGUUUAUGAUAUUACUGAAAGAAAGUGUUUUUGCAGCAAUUUUUGUUAUAGAGCAUCAAAAUACUUCGAGGGCCAAAUCUCCAAAAGUCCAGUGUGGCUUCGAGAAGAAGAAAGGCCACCAACAACUGAGCUGCUAAAGGAAGGGUCAAGUGGCUACUCUGGGAAGGAAAUAAAAUUAGUCAGUGAAGGAAUUAAAGCCUUAGACAUUGAAAAUCCUAUUCCAGCAGCAAACCACAAUGACUCUGGCUCAGGCAGUGAGAGCAGCAGUGAUGCUGAACAAGAGUUUGUUUCUUCUGUUCUGCAAGAGACUCUUUCAAAUACAGAAAAGUCGGCUGGGAAACCCCUCAAGAGCAUCCUCAAAAAAAGCCCCGCCGAGAGAGCUGAACUUAAGCUAUUCACUCCAGAGGAUACAGUUGAUGAGACUUCAGCCCAAGUAAAUAGAGACAGAUUAGAUGUUCUACAAGAAGAACGUGUUUUUCCUGAUAACAUUCAGUUGGAAAGACCUUGCCAUUCUCAAAAUGUUCUUGAAAAUGUACAGGACUCUGAAGACUUCGGAAAUAACUCUAGCUGUUCCCAAGUAGUGUUCUUGGGGGUGAGUCAGAAAGGGGCAGAUCAGUUUAAAAGAUUACUUGCUAAACCAAAACAGUCCAUCAGAAGUCCAGUAGACUCCACUGCUGCCAAAGACAGCUUGCUAGAGAGCCUCAGGCAGACGUUUACUGAAUGGAGAAGUGAAGAGACACUCAAGCUUCUCCAUGGCUCUGACAGCACCACCAGUCACGUGCUGCAGCACACCCUGCCAAAUGACUGUGAGAAGGAAGAGCUUGAUGAAGAUGAUUUGGAAAGUGCGAAUGAUAGUGAAGCUGUAUCCCAAAGACACCCUUUGAACAGUCUAAAUCAGUCUUUGCCUUUCCAGGGCUCUAGGACAGCAGUCAAACAUUUACCUAGCUAUGAAAAAUUAAAAAAAGAGACACUGCAGUUGGAGUUAAAGGUGAAGGAAUUUUACCAAGGCAAGUUCACUGUCAUUGAAGAGAAGGAUUUGGCAAUGCAGUCAGGAAGGGAACAGCAGUAUGGGAAGUCUCAAGACAAUGAGCAGUGGGCUCCCAUUUUGCCACUUGUAGAUUCUAAAGCUCAGCAGCAGAUACGGACACGGAUUGUGCUUGAAAAGCUGCAAAAAGCUUUGCCAGCUGUUUUGGGUCCUCUUAAGAUUCCUCUUGGUGAUGUUUAUACUGAACUGGGAAAUCUUGUAAAAACAUUUAGGUUGACAAAUACAAAUAUAAUUCACAGAGCUCCAGUAUGGACCUUAAUUGCCAUUGUGCUGAUGUCUGUAUUAUCAGAAACUAUUCCUGUUUUUGCACAUUCUCAGCGGAAUAAAGGAUAUACACAGUUCCUUGCUACCUUGCUUGAAGAAUUAUGUAUCAAAACUGAAGACCUGGAAAGUUUAACAAAAAUAUUUAGAAGUGGUUGUCUUCCUCACUGAAUAAGAAGAUCAUCUUACUUUUCUCCCUUGACCAGAGAUGGGAUUAAUGUUCCACAACUGAAUUUAUCAAACAAGUAGAAGCUCUUUUAUGAUUAAAAAAUACUGACCUUUAAAAAAGCAAUAAGAACUUUAGUUACGUUUUUGUUUUGUUUUUAUAAAUUUAAUUUUUCAACAAUUGAACUCCUUUUUCAAGUUGAAGAACAUCUAUGCCAUUUUUAUUGUUGCACCAAUAGAACGUCAAAGAAUUUGUGUAUGCAUAUACUUUUAAUUUCUCAAGAAAAUAUUGUAUCAUUU